AUGGAUUAUGAUCAAAGAAGGACUUUUGUGAGAACACCAGUCUUGGUGGCAGGGGUGGAGAAGGGCGGUCAAAGGUUUCCAACAAAUGAAGAGCGGCCACGUCCUAGAUGCGCGCCCUGGAGAAACAAUUUGACUAGAAACCUCUUCUUUGCUGCAUUCUACGACAAGAUCCACGUGUACAAGCCGUGUUUCCCGGAGCAGGCUCUGGGGAACGAGCCGGACCUGGUAUUUUCUCUUGCGAGCUCGGGCCUGAAUCACUUUGGCUACAUUGACGAAUAUCAUCCGCAUGCCAUCAAUUACUUGAUAGUGAGCGACCUUGGCAACGAGGAGAUCUUGGCAUGUGUUUGCGAUGAUGGAGACGUCAUUGCGUAUCACACUCGGGCUAUCUUCGAAGCAGUGGAGCAAUCGAAUGUCAAGCAAGCGGCUAAAGGGGCAACGGUCGAGGACCCUCGGCCAUUUUUCGUUGAAAAUGUUACGCUAAGCGCCUGGGGCCUUGCGAUCCACAAAGAAGCGCGGAUGAUUGCCGUCAGCGCAAAUAAUCAUGAAAUCAAGGUUUACGCGUUUGCCUUGACGGGGCAACGAGAGGAGUCACCAUAUUUACCCGUCGGAGAAGCCCCCCAUAGCUCUCGGCCUCCUUUCGACGGAGGCGUCUCUGGGAAUUGGGAAGAGUAUUGCUCAGACAGUCCACGUAGGAGAGAUCGGAACUGGUCUAUAGAUCUUAUUGGGCACCAAACAAAUAUUCCAAAUGUUGCCUUUUGUAACACGGCUGAUGAUCCUGAGGGCCGAUGGCUCGCCAGUACGGACAUCAGUGGGGUCACAGUCAUAUGGGAUGUGUGGGCCAGAACGGCGAUUCGAGCAUUUCACUUUGGCCAUCAAUCGCUAGGAGCCCGCGAUUUGCUCCUCGAGCCAACUCGCGGAUGGGGCGUAUUUUGUCUAGACCCUAGGUCUUUCAGAGUGACUCGCGGUGCUGAAGAGACGUUUGGCUGCCAGCCACAGCUUUACAAGGACUGCUGGGAUGCAACAGCAGCACGGGAGAAAAUAUCUGAUACUUCGAUUUGGCACUCUGAUUUUAUGCUUGCAGCCGUUCAGAAUUACCAACAAGGACUGGAUGCUGAAAAUGACAUGGACCAAUCACCGUCGGAGGACGAGGGGGAGGAGGAGGAGGAAGAAGAAGAAGAGGGAGAGGAGGGAGAGGAUGAAAUCUCAGCUGCGGCUGGUCUUCUCCCAUCAGAUACUGCUGAUCUCUAUGAACAUCUCACAGGCGACAUGGAAAUGGAAGAUGAUUCAGAAGAGGAAGAAGAAGAGGAGGACACGGACGAUGCACAGCCUGGAAUUCCUAUGAACCAGAUGCUUCCCGUGCACGGGGUUCAGGAAGUCCUUGAAGAAAUCCAAGAAGCUGCUCAGGCGGCUGCUUCAUCACCUCCUAUUCAUCAUCCUACUCCGAACGUUGCUGCAACACCUCAGACGGCAGAGACUCCCACCGACCUCUCAGCAGGUACUGGACAAGUUCAAGCACAGCUUGGUCCCGGGCAGCCACAACCAAAUCAACAAUAUACAAACCCCCAACUUGCUUCCACGCAGUCUCGACAAACUCAAACCCAACAUCAGCCAUCAAGUAUUUCGCAAGGUCAUCAUCAUCCCCAUGCCAAAAAUUACUUCCGCGUACCAUUCUGCCUCCUGCACACAUCCGAAGUCGACAUUCGCCUUGUAGACAAGCCCUCCGACCGCCUUCGCCCUUCCGUAAGCAUCCGCAAUCCCCUCCACCAACGGCUCCCUCCACACUUGAGCUGGCUCGACCGCUUCACUCGUCUCAACAUGCUCGCGUCGAUCCCUGAACUCGGUCUCCUCAUUAUCGGGUCUCAAGUCGGACGCGUUAGUAUUUUCGCUUUAACUCGUUCUCGCAACCCCCCACAACUAGCGUUCCGUCUUGAUGCCAUUCUGCCAUUCAAGUCCCAGGAAGAAGCCGGCCAGCGUCCAAAUUACCCACUAAUGGGCAUCGCCGUGGGACCGGUACAAGGGAGAGAAAUGUCCUCUUCGACUCGCCCCCGUGCGGAAAGAGGCAAUUCUUCAUCUUCCGAUGACGACGAAGAAUACGAAUACCAAUCGACUCGAACCCCCAAGGAAGACACACGCGAACCAUCCGAGCGUACCGAUAUUGACGUUGACGGCUCCGGUAGUGCUAGCACAAGUACCCCCGAGCCCUGGCGCGCAGUGGAAUCGAAUCGCAGAUACCGCCUCAUGCUGACAUACUAUGAUAACACGGUCCUAAGCUACGAGCUAGGCAGAACGAGAUACGGAGGCGGCAGUGAAUUUGUAGUAAUUGGCGAGAGCGAGAGCUAUGGUGAUGAGCAGCAUGCUGAGAGAAAUUCAGGUGCUGGUGCCGGCAGCAGCAGGAAAAGAGAUGCCGCCACGGCUGCGGCGGAUUUGAGAGAACGCUUGCUCAUGAUUUGA